GUUCUUGCCCUAGACUGCGCUUCUCACAACUGUCAGGUUCUGCCAUCCAUGGGGUUGUUUGGUUCUUUGGUUGUAACAACAUACACUUUGACCUAGUGAGCGGGUUCAGCCGUUAAAAACGAGGUGGAUAUCGUGUCUCGCUAUUGAUAUAUUAGUUUCCGGAAACGCCCCUCAUGUGCCGUUAGAUUUAGGUUGAAAACACCCCCCUUGUUGUCCAUUGAUAUGUGCCAUCGCGUUGUGACCGUGAACCCACAGCCGUCGACAGGAAUAUAUGCAUAAAGAGCACAGAUAACUGCUCCAAUCAUAACUUACACAGAGCUAAAGUUACAGCACAACAACAUUGUCGACAGCAUAAAACCUGAUUUGUCACAUUGCACAAUUUGCACACUUCAACAUCCGACAGUACGUCCACACAUGUGGAGUGAACGUCCAGCUCGUGAUCCCAAAGGUUAGCAUUGAAGUCGGUCAUCAUGGACUGAUUUUAGAGCAAUCCGUGCCUGUGGAUAACGUCUAUUUCUAACCAAGACCUCUUUGGAUCCGGGUCAUUUUUUUAAUUCAUCAUGUCGCCCGACGAUAUUGAAACCAUUUCGGACCGAGCGCCCUUGAUUCCGGAACGAACGCGCACGCUAUCAACCCAUGUGCCCCCGGGAACUGCGGUUGAAGAUGAUCUGGGCCUCACUGGGUGUGCCGGAUCCUGUUGUUGUCAUCCGAAAUCGUUUUGCCAUCGACUGACCGCAUUGAUCCUCAUGUGCCUCCUGGGCUUUGGCUCGUACUUUUGCUUUGAUAAUCCCGGUGCGCUUCAGCGAGAGGUCAAAGAUGCCAUGGACAUCAGCACCUAUCAAUUUGCCAAUUUGUACGCUUGGUACUCUUGGCCCAACGUGAUCCUGCCCGUGAUCGGCGGUUAUCUCAUGGACAGCGUCUUAGGCAUCCGUUUGGGCACCAACAUCUUCGCGGUCUUCAUCAUCUUGGGCCAGAUUUUGUUCGCUUUGGGCGCGUUCCUCCUCAAUUACCCCUUAAUGCAAGUGGGCCGCUUCGUGUUCGGCAUAGGUGGCGAGUCCCUGGCCGUGGCCCAGAACACCUAUGCCGUGUCCUGGUUCAAGGGCAAGGAAUUGAACAUGGUGUUCGGGUUCCAAUUGAGCAUUGCUCGCUUGGGCUCUUCCGUCAACUUUUGGGUUAUGGGCGAUAUCUAUGCCUACUUUGCUCAAUUCUUCAAUGACUACACGGCCUUGGGCUGGACCUUGCUUUUGGCCGGCUCCACUUGUAUCAUGUCCUUUGUCUGCUCUUUGAUCCUGGGAUGUAUGGACAAACGAGCCGAGAGGUUAUUGCACAAAACCAAAACCGAAACCGGCGAGGUUGUCAGGGCCAGCGAUGUACUCACAUUCCCGCCAACCUUUUGGCUCCUGAGCAUCGUGUGUCUGGCCUACUAUGUGGCCAUUUUCCCCUUCAUUUCCCUGGGACAAGUGUUCUUCAUCAAGAAGUAUGGCUUUGAGGCCAAAUCUGCCAAUUUUAUCACAGGGUUGAUCUAUCUCAUUUCGGCCCCAGCCUCGCCAGUACUCGGGUUUUUGAUAGAUAAGACCGCCCGGAAUGUGUCCUACGUGUUCAUUUCAAUUGUGGCCACCCUGAUUGGCCAUGCAUUCCUGGCCUUCACCAUGGUCAACCCCUACUGGCCUGUGGUCUUCAUGGGAGUGGCGUACAGUCUUCUGGCCAGUGCCUUAUGGCCCAUUGCGGCGUUAAUCAUUCCAGAAUAUCAACUGGGAACCGCUUAUGGAUUGAUGCAAGCCAUUCAAAAUAUGGGUCUGGCCUUGAUCACCAUGUUAUCUGGUGUGAUCGUGGACAAGAUGGGGUACCUCUGGCUGGAGACGUUCUUCAUAUUUUGGCUGGUGAUAGCAUUGAUUGCCACCAUCCUGAUUUGGCUGAUUGAUUUCUCAGGAACCGGAUAUCUCAACAUGAGUGUGCCUCAACGUGAUGCCUACGAUGAGAAGCUUCGACAGAAGGCCGAACAAGAUGCUCGAAAUGCGGCCAGACGCAAAGCGGUUAUGCGGCCCAGAACUGCCAAUGAAUUAAGAAACAGGUACUUAUGUCGCAUUGGAGCGGUGUUGCCUCCACAUUUAGGCCAUGCUGGUUUGGUGAUGGGUUAUCCGGGUGAUAUCAUCGCAACCUCGCCCCCAACCACAGCUUGAUCCUUGGUUCGUUAUCCCAUCACGGACUUGCCACUUCCUUUCUCGCCACUCUAUUAAUUAUGAAACUCUUUUUCAUUAGUAAUAUUUGAGACUUUGUCAGACAAUAUCUUAUUUCACAUUGUCAUACAUGAUCAUUUUUUAUCAAUAAAUAUAUAUUCCUAUUCUCA